AUGCGCUUUCUUCGAGGAUCGUACAUACCAGAUGCUUCUUCGUUUUCGUUUUAUCCCCAUUUCUUUGACGAAACAGAGCAAAAAGUUUUGUUAAGCGGCUGCCUUAAAAAACUGGACUCGCUGGAAUCGCAGCGAGCACGAAGACGUCGAAACUCGCAGCUCUCAGCUUUAAAGCAACCCGGCAGAUUGGCAGUAAACAUCUGCGACCUCUUCAGACCUGACUGCGCAUACGAGUUUCAAGAAGGUCAUUUUGACGAUGUAAUAAAUGGCUACCGUGAAACACACGUCCGUUCAUGGCCAUCUGAGGAUUAUCCUGCGCUGGAUCCGCUGUUAAAUCGCUUAAAGGACCUUCUACCAGAUGUGAAAAUGCAGACACAUAUUUUACAUCUCAGCACCGAAGGGCAGAUUUUCCCGCAUGUCGACAAUCUUGAUGCAAGUGGAUCUUGGAUUCUUGGAGUUAGUCUCGGCGCUCCGAGGGUUUUGCGAUUGAUGAAGAACGACGACGAAAGCAUUUUCUUCGAUGUUCUGCUACCUUCUGGAAGUGUCUAUAUUCAAAGGGACUUGUUGCGCUUUGAAUAUAAGCAUUCCAUUCUUAAGGAUGAGCGGUUCGGUGGAGAUAUACCAACAGGAGGCCAGCGAGUCAGUAUAAUGAUAAGAGAUAUGAAACGGGAAAGCUGA